GUUUUGUGUUUCACCAACGGCUGGUUUGACACGGUUCCGUCUGUGAUUCACACAGCUACUUUGGAAGGGAAUGCGGCACUCAUAACCAACAGUACUGGAAACGUCAGGCUUUGCCCCAUCAUCAAAGUCAGCACACCAUGGCUGGCUUCAGGCAAGAGGAUGUUGAGUUGUAUUAUGAGAUGGGAGAGGAGCUGGGCAGUGGACAGUUUGCCAUCGUUCGUAAGUGUAAGGAGAAGAGCACGGGUGUCGAGUACGCGGCAAAGUUCAUCAAGAAGCGGCGGCUGUCGUCCAGCCGGCGGGGGGUGAGCCGCGAAGAGAUCGAGCGUGAGGUCAACAUCCUUCGGGAGAUCCAACACAGCAACAUCAUCACCCUCCACGACAUCUUUGAAAACAAGACCGACGUGAUCCUGAUCCUGGAGCUGGUGUCCGGAGGAGAGCUGUUUGACUUCCUGGCUGAGAAGGAGUCUCUCACGGAGGAGGAAGCCACUCAGUUUCUCAAGCAGAUCCUGGACGGCGUUCAGUAUCUACACUCCAAACGCAUCGCUCACUUUGACCUCAAGCCUGAGAAUAUCAUGCUGCUUGACAAGAACGUCCCGAACCCCAGAAUCAAGCUGAUUGACUUUGGGAUUGCUCAUCAGAUUAAAGCUGGAAAUGAGUUCAAGAACAUUUUUGGAACCCCAGAGUUUGUUGCUCCCGAAAUAGUCAACUAUGAACCACUUGGGCUGGAGGCGGACAUGUGGAGCAUUGGAGUAAUCACUUACAUUUUGUUGAGUGGCGCGUCACCAUUUCUGGGCGAGACCAAGCAGGAGACCCUGACAAACAUCUCAGCCGUCAACUAUGACUUUGAUGAGGAGUAUUUUAGCAACACCAGUGAGCUCGCCAAGGACUUCAUACGCCGUCUGCUGGUCAAGGAUCCCAAGAAGAGAAUGACUAUCGAUGACAGUCUUGAACACCCCUGGAUUAAGGUGAUUAAGAGACGAAAUGUCCGCCCAGAGGAGAGAGACCACAAGCCUGAGCGCCGGCGCCUGAAGACCACUCGUCUGAAGGAGUACACCAUCAAGUCCCACUCCAGCAUGCCCCCUAACAACACCUACGUCAACUUCGAGCGCUUCUCCCAGGUCCUUGAGGAGAUAGCGGCGGCGGAGGAAGGCCUGAAGGAUCUGGAGCGCAAUCAGCGCUCAUGCCGGGAGGAUGUGGCGGCGCUGCUGUCCAUAUAUGAGGAGAAGGAGGGUUGGUACAAGGAGGAGAACCAGAGCAUCUCCAGCGACCUGAGCCACAUCCGCCAAGAGCUGCAGCGCACUCAAGUUCAGCGCAAGAGGAGCCAGGAGGAGGCUCGGCUCACCAUGCAGUCCGCCAACAUCCUCAAACGCAAGUUUGGGCGCCUGGAAAACCGCUAUGAGGUCCUGGCUGAGCAGGUGGCCUCUGAGGUCCGCUGGGUGGAGGAGCUGGUCAAGUCCAUAUCCGCAGAGAGGGACGGGCUCGGCUCCAGCAGCAUGCCCUGAGCCGGACUGAUGUCCGACAAUGACACUUUGCUUCUCAAGUAUCUUCCUGCCCACCUUCUCCGCAUGUGUCCUACACAGUGGAGUUAGAGAGGGUCAGCUAUCAUCAUAAGCUAUGCUGCUGCCGCCCAUCGGGAAAAAUGUUCCACCCUUUUUACAUUGAGCUCAAGAGAAAGAGCAAGAAGCAGAGAGGCAAUAAGUUGAACCCAUUCCCCCAUGAAAAGGCUCAUUCCUGUGUUUUAGACAGUUAUUUAUACUUUUAGAGAUUUUACAUAUCGUUAUUUGAGUGCCAUGCACCAUAGUUCGCACAAACAUUUGUAAAUCAUAUUGGCUUUCUUUUUUUUUUUUUUUUUGCAGUUGUCAGUAUUGCAGAUGGAAGAUAAACUCAUUUAUUUUUCUUAAUUACAUCUGAAUUUCUCAGUGCUGUAAAAGCCUAGAUGUCAGCUCAUUCGCUCUUGCCUCAGGUUAUUGGCCAGUUAUGCGAGAAAGCUUCACAAUCCUCCGUUUAUAGUGUCAGGUUUGCUCAGUUUUCAGGGGUAUUUAUUUAUCCGGUUACAUUUCAGACUCAUUUGCAGCUGAUAAUAAAUUCUCUCAUGUUGGGACAGAGUGGCAACUAUGAAGAAUGCAAAAAAUAUAAACCUUCAGCAUAGAGAAAAGAAAGAUUCUGGUUAACGUUGUAUUUUAUUGCAAUAGUUCUGUAAUUUCCAACUGAUUUUUCUGAAGUUCCCUGGAAAGAACAAAGUCGAUCGGUUCUAAUUACAAGGUUGAGUUUUCCCACUCAUUAUUUUGGUUAGUUUUAUUAGUUGUGUUGUGAUGACGUUGUCAUCCAGAGAAAUUUCUAGGAACAAAAUUGCUCCAUUUAAACCCCAUCUACAAUGUUGCUCUAGCUUAGCAUUUAGCCAGCACUUAGGAGUUAUGUGGAAGUGUACCAGUUUCUUUCCAGGAAACCUCCUGGGAAAUUAUUUUCAAAUCAAUCAGAGUCAACAGACAGGUAAAAUAAAACGUUACCAGAUUCAGAAUGUAUAAACUCAUCUUCACAGUGCCUGUAAACUGAUCGACCAUAUUGCCUCUGCAAACACUCAUCCGUCAAUGAGUCGACGAUGUUACCAUCACUCCGAUGUUGUUUAAAAUGUCUUAAAACGCGUCAACUUUUGCACAGUAGCCUUGUAAACCAAAACGUGUGCAUGGAAACGAUCUCUAUGUACUGUAACUCUUAUUAAUGUGUCUGUCUCUUCAUACCUUACUUGAAACAUUCCAUCGACCCGUUUCACAUCCAGGCAACGCGUUCCCCAUGUACAGCAUAGAAAGUGAGUUAUAUAGUGACUAGUAUUUUUCAGUAGAGAAAUGUAUCCUCGUAUCAUUUGCACUUAAAUGACUAUAGCAGCGUCCCAAAAUAUGUUUCAGUCUGUCUUUUAGGAGUCAGAAAGAGCUGUAAAAAUAAAUUGUUUGGACUUGUUUCAAAUAAACAAAGUUAUCACUCUUA